AUGAGUCUAAAAACUUGCUGGCUUUGCAAGAUAUUCAGAGCAAAGAAGAACAGGGUCACUACUGAGGUGUCUCUGGAGGAAGUACUCCAGUGGUCCCAGUCUUUUGAAAAGCUGAUAACAAGCAAAUAUGGGCCUAUGAUCUACAAGACCUACUUGGAGACAGAGCACAGUGAUGAAAACAUCACUUUCUGGCUGGCUUGUGAAGCCUAUAAGAAGAUCACAUCACAAAGGAAAAGGAUUUCGGUGGCCAGGAAACUUUUCACAAUUUACAUUCAACCCCAGGCUCCUAAGGAGAUUAACAUUGACAGUCCUGUGAGGAAAAUGAUUAUCAGGAAUCUUCACGAACCGACAGACUCCUGUUUUGAUGAAGCACAGAGAAUAGUUUACAUGCAUAUGGAAAGAGAUUCUUACCCCCGAUUUCUCGAAUCAAAGUUCUACCAAAAACUCAAACACAGCCUCCAGACUAAUAGCAAUAAUUCAAUGAUCCAGUCCUUGGACCAGGCUUUCAGCUACACACAGCUUAUACAGAGCAAAGCAAGUGAGGAUGAACGUCAGGCAUGGCGCAGGUGCAAAAGUAACUUUCACUCGUGCCAGGCAAAGGGGAGGCUCAGGGAGAAGUGCAAGGAGCAACCUGUCUACCCGCGCGGGCAGCUUUGCUCAGGGCAGGCUCAGCCCGUCCCACAGUCGCUCUGCCUGUGCGCCCGGCCACAUGGGCCCAAGCUGGAUCCGGUACAAGAGCCCUACGGCCACGUUUGCACGAGGUGGUGCUCGAGGCCGUUAGCCAAGUCAGCUAGACAAAGUCAUACUAGUGACUGA